AUGACUUACCAGAGAAACACGAUGACUUACCAUGCUGAAUCUUCGAGUUUUAGGCGGAGCAGAUCUAUUGGAGGCAGGAGAAUGUGUGAUUGUGGGUUGCCCGCCAAGAUUUUCACUUCGUGGACAAAUAAGAAUCCUGGGAGAAAGUUUUUAGUUGUGAACUGUAUGAGGCAAUGGGCAAUGAACAUUGCAACUUCUUUCAAUGGUACGAUGAAGGGGAAGUCAAUGGGUGGCCAAAAAGAGCGUUGA